AUAUCAGGCUCAAUCGUUUUAUCACGGACGAAUUGUGGUUUGCUAAUCAAUUGACAUUAUGUAACUCUAAUCGAAUCUUAAGCGCUAAAUUAGCACACGAGUAUCCAAUUGCUGUAGGCAAUUCACCUGUAGUCAGAAAAUACCUUUUAUAUGACUUACUUGGUUAAAGCUGCCAACUUGAGAAUGUGUUUCUACCAGGGCUCUUUAAGCUGUGAUAGAGAAAUGGCUCGCACUUCAGACAUCUAGAUUCAUUGUUGCCCAACCAGCCAAUCGUUGAAUUUUGACGACACAAUAGUGCAACCAAAGUUAGGGUAUAAAAAGCCCCGUUAGAAUAUAUGACACCUAUCAGUGUGGUGGAUGGUUUUAAGUAUACUCCUCACUGCAUAACAUAAAGUGGAACACAAUACCAUACAAAAAAGUACACCACAAAAAAAGGGGAACAUGAAGAACUCACGGAUUCUUAUUUACUUGUGUCUCCUGGUUGCGUAUGGUCCAGCGGGUCUUGGUGAUAUUCCUUCAGAGAAAGCGGAGGACAGUGAACCGUGUGCUACUUGUGACACAAGGCAGCACAGCAAACUCUUAAGACUGCAAUCUAUCAAGUCCCAAAUCCUCAGCAAGCUUCGCCUCAACCAGGCUCCAAACAUCAGCCGUGAUGUUGUCAAGCAGCUUUUACCCAAAGCUCCUCCAAUGCAGCAACUGCUUGACCAGUAUGAUGUCCUGGGGGAUGAUAAUAACGACGGCUCCUUGGAAGAUGAUGAUUACCAUGCCACCACCGAAACCAUCAUCACCAUAGCUACAAAGCCUGACUCCAUUGUACAGAUUGAUGGAAAGCCCGAGUGCUGUUUCUUCACAUUCAGCCCGAAAAUUCAAACCAACCGUAUAGUCAAAGCGCAACUGUGGAUACACCUGCGGCCAGUCCCGGAAUCCACGACUGUCUAUCUGCAGAUCCUCCGGCUCAAGCCAGUGACCGACGGGACCAGGCACACAAGAAUCCGGUCUUUGAAGCUCGACGUAAACUCUGGGACCAGCACGUGGCAAAGCAUAGAUUUUAAACAAGUAUUACAAUCCUGGUUUCGGCAGCCUGACAUAAACUGGGGGAUCGAGAUCAGCGCGUUCGAUUCCAGUGGAAAUGACCUGGCUGUGACUUCACAGGAACCGGGGGAGGAGGGGUUGCAGCCUUUCUUGGAAGUGAAGAUCGCAGAUGUGCCCAAGCGAUCAAGGCGAGACUCGGGCUUGGACUGUGACGAGCAUUCUCCUGAAUCCCGAUGCUGUCGUUACCCCCUCACUGUGGACUUCGAGGACUUCGGGUGGGACUGGAUUAUCGCACCUAAACGAUACAAGGCCAAUUACUGCUCAGGAGAAUGCGAGUUCAUGUAUCUGCAGAAAUACCCCCACACUCACUUGGUCCACAAAGCGAACCCCAGGGGUUCGGCAGGGCCCUGUUGUACCCCUACCAAGAUGUCCCCCAUCAAUAUGCUCUAUUUCAAUGAGAAAGAACAGAUAAUAUAUGGCACAAUCCCGGCCAUGGUGGUAGAUCGCUGUGGGUGCUCAUGAGCUUGCCAGCAAAGCCCGUUCCUUCAUGAGGCUGGACUUGAGAAUGGAGAGAUUUCAUCUGUCAGUGAUUUCUGCAUUUCCAAAAUACUGUGCAACAGAAUAAAAAUAGAGGCAGUUGCUCCAGAUUUAAAAGUAAUGUUGAGCAAGUCAUCAAAAAUCUUCCUGGAAGACAAAUCUAAGAGGCUGCUGGAGGUUUGAUUUCGAGAGGGAGACGUAGCAGUCCAGACCAUGGCAUCUCCUAGCAUCCCUUUUCUUCUUACAGGCAUGCAAACACACGCCUUUCAACACCAGCUUUGACAACCUAACAAUAUAUUACACAAUAUCUCAGAAAAUUCAUAUAUGCAGAGAUUUCUGAAAGAAUUUAAGGAGCCUCUACAGUAGGUUUUUUUGAGAAAGGCUUGAUGUUUGAAUUCAAGAUUAGAUAGGCUUCAGUUAAUGUUAACAUUUACAUAAGAGGUAGCAUAGUUCAGUAAACAAUCGCUUUCCUGUCACAUUGCCACCUGAACUGUUCUACACACUUGAAUUGUAAUUUUAUAUCAGCAUUGCUGGAAAGAUGGACUUGAAUUAGAAGCACUAGGAAUGCAGCAUUUGUGUGUAAAUGUGUAAAAGGCAGAGAAAUGUAAAAAUAUGUUAAAUGUUAAAACCAUGCUUAAAGAGCAAGUAGCAGGGUUCUGAAAAAUAUAACAUCACACGUCCCAAGGUGCUGCUACAACUGUUUAAAUAACGCACCUGUAAUUUAUUUUCAUUGUUAACAUCCUGACUCCUUUUACACUUAUAACUUUAAAGCUCAUUUCAAAAUGGACACUCUAGUGCACUGAUAGUGUAAGGAUUAUUGCCCACAUUGUCAAACAGGUAACACAGCAAUAAUGAUCCAUGAUGUGGUACGAGAGCACUUAUGUUUUUUUUGUUUUUUUUUUAAAUCUCCUGCAGUGAUUUAGAGGACAGAUCUCAAACCCCAGUGCACUAGAGCGACCAUUUAAGAAAAAAAAGAGCUUUGAAACAGACUUUAAAGUUACAAGUGUAAAAUGUUGUGAGGAUGUUACAAUGAAAAGAGAAAAUCAUUGUUAACGCUAUAUUUUUCGGAACCCCGCUAGUUACUCUUUAAACUGUUUUACAAACAAUACAGUUUGCACUAUGGCAAACCAAUAGAAACAAAUUGGUUGCUACAAAAAAAAAUGAUUUUGAUGUUUGCUAAUUUGUAAUGUUACAUGGCAUUGUUUCUCUACAGACUUUCCUUCAUUUUUUUAACCACUGUUGGUAAAUGUAUCAUAAAAGCACAAAAGUAGAGACAUUUGUACAAUAACAAAUGUAUAUAUGUUAUACAAAUAAAGGUGCUUGCUUUUAAUGUUAAUGCUAAUAUGUUAUUAUU